AUGACCGCACUGAGCAGCUGGGAGCUUUGCGUCAAGUACGCUCUCUUCGUCUUCAACUUUAUCUUCUGGUUGGCCGGGACGGGCGUGUUGGCGGUGGGCCUAUGGCUACGCUUCGACUCCAGAACUUCAGGACUGUUUGAGGGCGAGGACUCCCCUUCGGUUUUCUUCACCGGCGUGUACAUCCUGAUCGCGGCCGGAGCCCUGAUGAUGGUCGUGGGCUUCCUGGGAUGCUGCGGAGCCAUCAAGGAGUCGCCGUGCAUGCUGGGAUUGUUCUUUCUGUUCCUGCUGCUCAUCUUCGCUGUGGAAGUGGCGGCGGGCAUCUGGGGUCUGUCCAACAAGGAGCGCGUGGUCGACGACGUCACGGAGUUCUACAAGCAAACUUAUACCAAUUACAAGGACACCAGGCAGGAGGCGCUUAAGGAGACCCUUCGCCUCAUCCACUUUGGCCUCAACUGCUGCGGUCCCACGGGCACGGUGAUCGACGCCGCCAGGGACAUUUGCCCCAAGCAGGAGGGGCUGGAGGUCCUCGUCACCACGAGCUGCCCCGCCGCCAUCGGCGAGAUAUUUAACAACAAGCUUCACGUGAUCGGAGGCGUGGGCAUUGGCAUCGGCGUCAUCAUGAUCUUUGGCAUGAUCUUCAGCAUGAUGCUGUGCUGCGCCAUCAAGCGAUCCAGAGACUUUGUUUAA